GCGUUUAUCCUUAGCAUAGGAGUUUUUAAGUUUUAAAAUUAGGGAAGUUCAACAUUUUAAAUUAUUAAUUUACACAAAAUUCAAAUUUUGUUGCUGACCUGGAUAAAAAGUUGGCCGUCAUAGAUGUCAUACGCCUCUCCUGUUGAAAAAACUUGCAAGCUGCCAGACAACUUUUUAAUAUCUGAACACUGAAUGAGCGCUUGCUAAUGUCUGUCUUAAGUGGGCGUAGUCCGCAGCUAAAAACUUGAUUUCCCAACAGAAGCUUAGCAAAAAAAUUCAACAGUUGCAUCGUCAAGUGUUUUUUUUUUAAAUCAGUUUCAGAAGUUGAACACGAAAAAAAAUCCGUGCUCAAACGUCCCGGGGUACUCGGCGGAGCACUGCAUUUCCGAGUGCUUUCAAAGUGCAGUCGCUGCGGUCGUAAAAUGCAGGCUGCCAUUUAUGAAUGCAGGUGAGUCGAGUGCAGACACUUUUCGCGUAAUGAGAUAUUUGUGCUCGGCUUUCAAAUGCACCGUAGCAAGAGACAACAACAGCCUCGUCCUCAGCGAUUGCAACAACCCAAAUGACUACGCCGAAGCGAAUAAUGUACUUGACAACAUGCUGUUCUUUGGAGGCUGGAGAAAGCUCGACUGCAACUGCUUGCACAAAUGCCAAGAGACCACCUUCCUCAGCUACCCUGAAAGCACGGCCUUUGAAAAAAAUAGAACUCGUAUUCGUGUCUUUUACGCGGAGCUUGCGUAUGAAGUCAUCCAAGAGGAAUACGCGUACACAAUGAUCGCUCUAUUGUGCGACAUCGGCGGCACGCUGGGCCUGUUGAUGGGAGCCUCGGUGCUGACCGUGUGCGAGCUGCUUGAGGUUGCUUGGUCGCGGCUGCUGCGGCUGUUCUGUUUGUCCAAGAAUGCAACCGAGCAGCCCAUCUUGUCCGUAAUCAGGGUGAAGCCGGUCGCUGCGGUGCCCAGGCUGCAGCAGCAAGUGGACUUCAUGCGGCAGGCCGCGAUCUACUCAAGCAAUGAGAAACCUGCGAAAAAUGGUAAUUUUCAAAGAUUCGAGAACUCUAGUUUUGGAUAGAAAAUUUUAUUUCAUUGAAAAAAUACGCCCGAUGAGGGUGAAUUUCAAGACAGAAUGUUGUAAA